AUGCGUGUUGGCGAUCCGGAAGGCUUGGAGGGCCGGGCUGCAGUGCUCAGUGUUCAAGUUGUUUUCGGGAAAGGAUGGACGGACGUACUCAUGCCUGUAAACCCCCUCACGGCCGACUUCCUCCGCUUGCUGACAUCACAUGUCCCAACCGACACCGACGACGCCAACGGCGCCGACGAUGCGGUGAACUCAAUGGACAGCCCGCCACCCACCUAA